GUCAAAGUUCAAAAGGCACAUAAACAUUCACCGACCGCUCUUUACUAAAUAAGUAAAUAUGGUACCAGAAUUGCAAUUUGUUUGAGUUUGAGGUACACAUUGAAAUUUUGAGGGCGCCUCUGUUCGGUUGUGUGCCCACUCAAUAAUAAUACUAAAUAAUUAGUAGUUAUUUCCCUUCCCCAUUUCAACUUUGGGUCCUAGCAAUGGACAUAGAAGAAGUAGAAGCUGCAAGGGUUGCAAAAUUGCAUGCAAGGUGCUUGCGACGGCUCUGUUGUACUUGUAACUUGUAACUGUUGGCCAUUCAACCAGUCUGACUCUGACUAUUUUUGUCUACAUUUAUUUUAAUGUCCUAUUAACAACAGCAUAAAGAAGCAGCAAUGUUAGAAAUUCUCGUAUUUUUCCCUACCAGACUUAGACCUGUGAUAAUUUCCACUGUUUAUUAUUAAUUAGUUUAUUAUUUAAAAAAUUAUUUUCACUACUCUGACUACUGAUCACUCAGACUCAGUAACUAAAAUGAAGUUAAAAAUAAAUCCAUCUAAAUAAUAUUAAUAUAUAUAAUAUAGUCUAUAUUGUAGAGGCCUACUACUUAUACUAUCCAUGUGGUUAACUGUAACUGAGGUCUAUUCUUAUUCUAAUUUUAAUAACAAUAAGGGUCAUUUGACAAUUUGUAUACAUUUAUUUACUUUUAAUUUUGUAAUCGGCCCUAAGCUUAAGUAAGUAUGAUCUAAGUGAAAGUAGCAAUGAUUGAUGUAUAACUUAUACUUGUAUAGAUGUACAGUUGACUAGUUAUAGCAAAAUACAGACACUCUGACACACAGCAACACAUAUUAUGAAAUAUAUAAGACAUGCCUUUUGUUGUGUAUAUUCUAGUCUGUUAGUACUUAGGAAAAACUAAAAAUGGCCACAUACUUGUCUCGUCACAUUGGUCGGAAGUUCAACAUAGCGAAAUCAACAGAAAAAUGCUGUUUAUAUACCCCACAUUCUUCAAGAAGUUCAAUCAACAACAAAUCAACAUUCCAUAGUAAAUCAUUUCAAAGUGGUAAGAGUACUAAGAGAAAUUGCUAAAGAAAUUACUAACUGACCAGCCUAUGACUCAACUCAAUGACACCAGAUUACGCAAUGACUAAACUAAAUGAAAUUGAAAACUAACAAAAAAUAUGCUGGACACCACUUACCAUUACAAGGCCUUAAAAAGUAUGAUACUGCAUUGUACUAUAGUACAAAAUUACUUUAGACUAACGAUUAGAAACACUGGUAAAUUUGGAUUAUAUGGUAUACUCGGAAAGCAUUUACUUGCAAUUUAUCAUUCAUAUUUGGGGAAAGUCUAUGUCCAUUUACUUAAAUGUAGAAGAGCUCCAUACUGCAUAAUCCAAACAGUCCAAAAUACUUGCAAGAGUUAGGUCUAAUAGAAAAAACUUUUCAUAGCUAUUUUUGUAAUGUUAAUUAAAAUAUGAGCAUUUUAUUUUUUUUUAAAACAACAGACUAAAUUUAUAAUAAAAGAAACAAAUCAAUAAUAAAAGAUGAUCACAUAAAUUUUAAAUAUGUUAUCUUCCACUUUUUCUCAGAUUUUCUCCAAAUUUCUGAAGAGGUCAGGGAAGCACUGCACACAAAGAAACCUGUGGUAGCUCUAGAAAGUACCAUCAUCACUCAUGGUAUGCCCUAUCCCCAUAAUUUCAGGUACACCACAUUGCAUUUAAUUUUGUUUCAAGCACAUAAAAACUUACUUAAUUUUCACACAGAUGUUUUCUCAUUUCUCUCAAAAUUAAAAUUUGUUUCUUUUAAAUUUUUAUUCAUUAAAAAUUUUUUUGCAGCACAGCUUUAAGUGUGGAAAAAAAAGUUAGAGACAAUGGCGCUGUGCCGGCCACUGUUGCCGUUAUGCGUGGAAAGCUUUGUGUGGGUAGGUGGUUCACUUUUUUUAUAAAAAAAAUAAUUUCAGUAUUGCUAUAUAUUAUAUUCUUAUGCAUACUUUUGGAAUGAUUUAUGAAAAGAUGUUAUAUUUAUUCAUUUAUUGUUAAACUUCUGUUAGUUUAAAUGUGAAAAAUCUUAAAAUUCGUCUCAUAUAAAAUUUGUCUCAUAUAUUUAUACCAUAUGCCACCAUCCAGGUGUGUGUGAUACAGAUAUCAUCUGGUUAGCAGAGAAAAAUUCCAGUCUUGUUAAAGUUUCUAGAAGAGAUCUGCCCUACUUAUUAAGUCAGGUAAUACCUUCAUUUUUAUUGAUAAGCUUACAUAAUUGACAUAAAAAGAGUUGAAUAAAAAAAAUAGCAAAAUAAAUGAUCUGGAUUGUAAAACACUUAAAGCUAUCAAAACUGGAUAGAUUCUUUGAAAUUUCAAAUUAAAAAUAUAAAAUAAAAAGUCUGAAAGAGAGGGAAAUUUUGUUAUAUUCAAAAGAAUUAUACUAGGUAAAUUUUGCAUUCUUAAAAUUAGUGUCAUGCCAUUGCUUUAAGAGAAGGCUUGACACAAAAAAACCAAAGUUAAUUAUUUUAAAUUAUAAAAUGAUUACAAGUUAAUAAUAUUAAUUUAAACAUAUAUUUUUCCAGUGGGUUGUAACCCUGGCAGGAUGAGCCAUUUCUCAGUCAGAUCAUGAAAAAAAAAAAUUGCAAGCAGGUUAUCUUUCUGACUAUAUCACAUUAAUAGUAUAUGUAUUGUAUGCAUGAAUAUUAAAUGUUUUCUUUUUCUGGAUAGGGACUGAGUGGUGGAACAACAGUAUCAGCCACCAUGAUGGCAUCUCACAUGGCAGGGAUUCAAGUUUUUGCUACAGGAGGUGUAGGGGGAGUACACCGGGGAGCUGAGAACAGUAAGAGGAAUAUACACGCAGAUGCCUAAUACAAGUGAUUUAAAAUAUAAUGGGAAAUUCGUCCUCUUAGCUAACUGCAAAAUAAAAUAAAUUUGAUACAUUUUUUUUAUUUAACAACCAGGUUUUGACAUUAGUGCAGAUCUGACGGAACUGGGUCGCACCCCUGUGAGUGUUAUUUCAUCAGGAGUCAAAUCUAUUCUGGACAUACCCAAGACAUUAGAAUACCUGGUAAUAUUUGAUUUCAAUGAGGAAUCCCCAGAUUGAGUCGGAUUUUCUCUUUCUUUCAGUGAUCCAAAGUGUUUAAGAUUUGCUAAAUAUUCUUUUAGCUUACUAGUUUUUUUUAGUAAUUAGAGAGUGUAGGGGGGUGUUGGACUGCAGUAACGCUCAAGUAGACAAAACAAUGUGUAGCCAAAGGCAUUCUUUUUUUUUUUUUUUUUUUUUUUUUUUUAUUUUUUUUUUUUUUUUUUUUUUUUUUUUUUUGUAAUAUUUUUUUCUUUUGACAAAAUUGAUUAAAAAUAUUAUAAAAUCUUAGCAUUUACUUUAAUUCCUUUGCUUUACUGAAUUUUGACUUAAAACCAUUGAUCUCAUUGUUGUUGUAAAUUUACCUUAGAUCUAGUUGUUUGCAGUAUUAAGAAACUGUUUAGGAAUGUAAGAUUUUUUCUAUAUAAGAAGAACUGUUAUUUUGUCUUCUAUUUUUAUCUGUUUGAUGAUUCCAAAAUCUUCAUUUUUGUAAAGGAAACUCAGGGAACUUGUGUCAUGACCUUUGGGAAAGACAGAAACUUCCCCGCUUUUUUCUCACCAGAAAGUGGUUACCAAGCACCUUACAAUAUCAUAUCACAUCUGGAGGCAGCACAGGUUAUAGGUUUGUGGUUGAAUUUUUUGGGUCCACUUUUGUUUAACCCCCGUCUUUACUAGUUAUGCUUGGUCAGAAAAGGGGAGAAAAAAAAUUAUUUUUUUAUUUUAUCCUGAGUUGUUGAGGUUUUUCCAUUUCAUUUGGGAUUUAACAGCCAAGGGCCCCCACCCCCAAUUUUUUGUUUUGUUUUGUUUUUUUCUUGUUUGUUGUUGUCCCGGAAUGGCUACUUUGGGCUGAGGAAUCCAUUCCAUCUCAUAUCUCAUCAUUAGCCCACAGCUUGAUAUGACCUGUAAUGACUUUUAACAUUUUGGUUCGGAAGCAAUUGUUUUUUUUUGGGCAACAUGGGCUUAUAAUUAUAAUUAAAAUUGUGUAAAACAUUUCAUUUGGUAAUUUUUAUACAACAUACAAUCUGUGGUGAACACAAUCUGUGGUGAACACAAUCUGUGGUGAACACAAUCUGUGGUGAACACAAUCUGUGGUGAACACAAUCUGUGGUGAACACAAUCUGUGGUGAACACAAUCUGUGGUGAACACAAUUUGUGGUGAACACAAUCUGUGGUGAACACAAUCUGUGGUGAACACAAUCUGUGGUGAACACAAUCUGUGAUUCAUCUAUAACACCCUACUUUUUAAUGGCCCUUGAAGUGGCUGCUUAUUCAGAAUCAGUUGUAGAAUUUCUAAAUGAAAUAAUUUCAAAUAUAUCAUUUUCUAGAUGCAAAUCUCAGAGCUGGAUUAGAAAGUGGAAUUCUGAUUGCUGUUCCAAUCCCUCCAGAGUUUGCUGCCACAGGGGAGCUAAUUCAAAAUGCAAUAAAUGAAGCUCUGCGUUUGGCCAGGUAAAACACAGUUUUGUAAUGUAAGAUUAUGGUUGUGUUUUUUAUAUAUAUUUUUAUAUUCUUUAAAAAAAUUAAUAUCAUAGUCAUCUCUAUAUCUAAAACUUAUCCGUUAAACAUUAAUAAUUUUGUUUUAAAAUUAUUUUCUUCGGUGAUUUCAGUGUAAACAAUGUAACUGGUAAAGAGGUGACUCCGUACCUACUGAACAUGGUAAAUCAGCUUACUAAAGGGGAGUCUUUAAUGGCUAGUAUCCUUUUUUUUACAGUUAUAAUUUUAAAAAAACACACACACUUUUUCACUGAUAGGAUGCAUAAACUUUUCAAUCUUAUUUAUGUGAACCUUUCUUCUGAGAAAGACCUAUUAUUUAAUUCAGAAUUGAACAACAAAAUUACUUGUGCGUGAGUCCAUUUGUCCUUAAACCAAGACAAGAUAUUGCCCUUAUUGAAAAUAAUGCCUCUGUAGCUGGUGGCAUUGCUAGUUGCCUUGCCCAACUACGCAGUGGUGUCCCUUUAGAUAAGAUUGUUACUCCACCACAAUCCACUUCCUGCUCUCUUCUGUCAUCCCCUACCCUAAAGUCUGCUUUAACAGACUCAUCCAUCAAGCUGAGACAGACGGUGGAGAAGCAGAAUGUCAAGACAACAAAAAAUGUGGAGGAGGGCCGCAACAAGACACUAUUGGGUAGGCCAGUAGGUGUCUGUUUUUUUUUUUAAAUUUUCAUUAUUGAAGUUCUCUUACAAUUGUUUUUCCUGUGCUAUUUUUUAAAUGUUUUUUUGGGAUAUUGUUCAGUAAAUAAUGCAGCUGUAUAUGAUAAAAUAAUUUUAAAGAAGGAUGUAUUGUUAAAGCAUUGAUUUAGUUCAUAAGGUGUUUGUUCAUAAGGUGUUAGUUCAUAAGGUGUUAGUUCAUAAGGUGUGCUGUACUAAAACGAACUUAAAAAAAUGUGUGGUGGAGAGGGUGGGUUUAAUUUACUAAUGCUGAUAAUAUAAUACACCAUCUUUUUGGCUUUCCAGUUUAAAAAAAAAGAAUACAAACAUUCAGUGCAGGUCAAGCAAAUAAUUUGUUGAAAAAGUUUUAUUUUAAUUGAAAAUGUACUGAUAUUUGUUCCAUUACAAUUAUUAUCUAUCAUUUCUCUAUGAUAAGAAAAUUAAUGUCGUUAUUUUUAUCUCGUUUUUUUCUUCUUCUGUAAAUCAAUAAUUUUGUUGAUGUCUUUUUCUCAGGUUGUUAUUGGCUCAACAGUUGUGGAUUUUAGCGUUCAGGUGGACGACCCCAAUUUUCAGGUAUGUUAUACAGAGGAACCCCAGUUAACAAAUGCCCCAUUUAAAGAACAAAUUAGUGAACGAACACGUUUUGAGAAAAUUUUUAUCUUGGGUUGCGAAUGAUACUUUUGGAGACAGUCCCAUGGGCUCAGUAGAGCGUCAGUACAUUUGCAGUAAACAUCGUUUGUCAUUGUGCUAUGUUCAAAUACACAAAUUUUUGUUAUUUUAGUCCUUAGUUAUUAUGGCGGCAACUGAGAAAAUUGUUAUAAUUAUUAUUAAUAGGAAUCGUGUUAGUGUGAAUAGGUAUGGUGUUAGUGUGAAUAGGAAUCAUGUUAGUGUGGAAGUAAAGAAAGAAAUUUUAUUAAAGAAAUUAUAAUGGCAGUAUUGUUUCAUUCAUUAAGUGCUUUAUAUCUAUAAUAAAGGAUAUAUUAAUUGCAUACUAUAAUUUUAAUUACAGAAAAACACUUAAAAAAUAUAAAAAUACCAAAUUUUUAAGGCUGGAGCAGAUUAAUGGAAUUUACAUUGAUUUCAAUGAGAAUAAUCCUUUUAGUUAUAAAAAGUUUGGUUUAAGAACAGAGUCACUGAAUGGAUUAAGUUCAUCAGUGAGGUUCCACUGUAAUUUGACUUUAGUGAGACAAAUUUGAGAAUGCAGUUAAAAUGGUAUUUUUUAAAAAUCUGGCAAUACAAUUUUUCAUAUUUAAAAGCAUUUUGAGGGUUGGUAUUAAAAAUGAAAUUUUAUUCCAUUUAUUUUAGCUCAAUGGUGGCACCUACUCUGGUAAAGUCUCAGAGUCAUUUGGCGGUGUUGGCAGAAAUCUGGCCGACUGCUUGAGCAGACUUGCUUUCAAACCUGUGUUCAUUUCUGCUGUAGGGAAUGAUUCCCAUUCUAUGGCUAUGUCAUCAUUCUGCAGCCAUAUGGUAUGUGCAUGCUUGAAUAGUCGUAACAAUAAUGUGAUAAAAAGGUUAUAUGAGAUUAUCCCACACACUGAGCUCUUACCCAAUCAAUUGCUUAUAAAUUCUGCCUAUUGAUUUAUGUAUUAAUAUAAGAUUAUGAAAGCAUUUUUGUGUUGCUAUGAUUGGUGUUCAUUAAAAUUGUUUACAUUCUUCUGUUGUUUUCAUGGCUGCAUCAUUGCAAACAUCAAUAUUUUUAAAAUGAAGAACAUGUAGUGUGACAUAAUUGUCUUUUCUUCCCAGGAUCUGAGUUCCAUACAGAAAAUUGACAACAUGACAACAGCCACCUGUUGUGUGCUGUUGUCUAAAGGAAAGUUCCUGCUUGGUGUUGGUGACAUGGGUGUCAACUCAAAGUUAACCCUUGACCAGGUGACGUCUAUGAUAAGGUUACUGUGAUCAGGUUAUUGUGAUCAGGUUAUCAUAAAUUAGUACAAAACCAUUUUGCAUGAUGGUAUGUUGUUAGAAGGAAAGUUCAUUUGAAAGGAACUGUUGGAAAUGAAAUUUAUUAAGGGACAUUUAACAAGAAAAUGUUUGUCAAGGGAAAUUGUAAGUGAGAAUGUCAGAAAAAGUAAAGUUUAAUUUUAAUUUUAUUUUUUGUGUCCGCCCCCAAUUAUUUUCAUGCAAAUAAACUUUUGUUAGAGCAACAUUACUUCUUCAAACUGGUUUUUGAACAAAUUGGUAUUGAACAUACUGGUUUUGAACAAAUUUGUGUUGAACAAAUUGGUUUUGUUCUAUGAUCGGAUAAGAACAAAUUGUUGUCCGACUGCCAUCACUGCUGGCACACCAGGAUAAUCUGAAAUAAAUGUAUCUCUCUUGUGCUAUCAUCAGAUUGAUGGUGCAGAAGUGAUAAAAACAAAAAAUAAAAGCAUUAAUAAUUUUGAGAAUACAUUUUUUUUUCUGAAAUGAUUUGUGGGCAUCCUGGUUUAACAACUUGGUAAUUGUAAAGCUUAUUUAUUUUUAAACUUAAAAUAAUUUUACGAGAGUUAUUUUAAACUGCAGAAGUAUUUUUUUGGCUAAAUAAAAAAUCUGUUACAAAUAUUAUACAUUACAAAUUUGAUUAAACAUUAUUUCUUCAUUGAAAGUCAUUCUUACAAACAGAUAAAUUUAAACUUUACUGGUUCCAUCUUCAACAGGUGAAAAAUUUUGACUCCUUGAUUGAAUCUGCUCCUGUGGCCAUGCUUGAUGGAAAUUUUUCAUCCACAUUUAUUGCCACAGUUGUAGACAAAUGUGCUAGAUUUAAUGUGCCAGGUAAAAAGUUUUAUCAUCUAACAGAAUUGAAUAUGUGGCAUGCUAACCAAAAUAUGAAGAAAAUUUUGUUUAUUUUUAAAGACAAAAUUUAAAUUUAAUCCUAAAAUUGAAAUGAGUGAAAGCUGAUUUGGUAAUAAUUGUUUGUGCUUGUUAUAUGAUUAAUUAAAAAAACAAAUCACAUAGAAAUUUGUUUGAAUGAAUAUAUUUAAGAAGGCUGAGUUAUAUAAACACAAUAAAUAGUUAUAGAACUCAUAUUUACAAUCAUGUGAUAAGUGAAAUUUACAAUCAUGUGAUAAGUGAAAGGUACAAUCAUAUGAUGAUAAGUGAAAGAUACAAUCAUGUGAUAAGUGAAAGUUACAAUCAUGUGAUAAGUGAAAGAUGCAAUCAUGUGUUAUGUGAAAGAUUCCCAUUCUAUUCUUAGUUUGGUUUGAACCCACUGACUUGUACAAGUCCAAGACGCCAUUUGAGACUGACGCUUGGAAACAACUGUCAUUCAUCUCUCCGAAUUUGGGAGAGCUGCUCUCCAUGUACCAGGCUUUGCGGGCCAAACUGGGCCAAGAGGAAACAACUGGUUUGUUUUUCUGUUAAUCAUUCCUUAUUGAAUGUUAAAUCUGAUGGCAAUUAGAACAUGUUAUUCAGAGUUUUUUUGGUGUAAUAGCUUUAUCUUAAUGUUACUUGAAUCUCAUCAAUUAUUUUAUUACUGAAAUACCAUUAUUUUAUAUUUAAAUACCUCAAAGGCAAGUGAACUUAAGUAGACACAGAUUAAUGACCUUUGAUGAAAUGAAACAAUGCAGAAGACACUCAAACCUUGGACAUUUAAAAAAAAAAUGUUUUUUAAUUGAAAAUUUCGUUUAUUAAAAUUUAUAAAUAUGUUUGUUUGACCAGUGUCACUCUGUGAAGAGUCGUCAAGUCAGCAGGAAAUUAUUGACACUUCUAUCACAAUUUGCCGUGAACUUGUUGCACACAUUCCAGUUGUUUUGCUGACCUUGGGCCGACACGGCGUUCUCCUGUGCCACAAUUUAGGGGAUGUUAAACAUUUCCUUCCUCUACCUAGUUCCAUGAAAAGUGACAAGGUUUGUUUAAUUUCAUCUUGAACGAUUUUUUAAUCUUUUUUUUAAAGAAAAUGUUUUGUUUUAGUUUAUCUAUGAGAUAUGCCUCUAAUGAGUUUUGGGUAAAAGAGAUUGAACCAUGCACAGCUUUGUACUCAUUGAACUUAUGUGUUACAUCUCUGCUCACAUUCAUGGAACUUAUACAUUUUGUAAAAUUGUAACAACUUCCCUCACUUCUUUUCAUACUACUUGUUCUUUUUGUGUGCGAUUAAUGAAAAAAUAUUUUGUAUUUUUAUUUAUUUCAGAGCACAUCUUUCAAGGCCAUGUUUUACCCAGCAUUCAGCAAGGACAUCGACCCUUCAAAGAUUGUCAGUGUUUCUGGGGCAGGAGAUUGGUACGUGAAAAUUAUUUGAAUGAAAUAUAUAACUUAAUAAUGUAAGCAUCAUUAACGAUAAGCUCCGGUUACAGAUAGUAAGUACAACCUGCUUAAAACAUAGAUUUUUUUGUUUUUUUAUCUGAUUUUUAAUAUGAGGUGAGAAGUGAACCAACCUUUCUGCAUAAUAAUAAUAAUAAUAAAGUGUAUUUCAAAUACACGCUUCAUCCCCAAAGGCUCGAAGCGCGGUACAAGAGUUAAAAAAAUCUAUAAUUUACCAUAUUUAAAACAAACGCAACACUACAAAAACUAAUUACAAGCAUAUAAAAACCAAGUCAAAGUCUUUCUACCCAUUUCAACCCUGAGCAACACAGCUAAUAUGCAUUAAAUGGAAAAUAUGGUAGACAAUCAUCCCAGAAGGUGUUUGCGAAAUAAAUGUGUCUUUAAAUCGGUUUUAAAGGACUCCAGUGUCUGAUUGUUUCUGAGAUCGACUGGAAGGGCGUUCCAAAUUGUUGGACCAGCAAAUGCAAAAGUGCGCUUUCCGCAAGUCUCAAGGCGAACACGUGGUGUCAAGAGUUUGCCACUGUCGGAUGAGCGGACUAGAGGCAACUAAAACUACUGUCAUUGAAAAAUUUUGAACUAGCCUUAGUUAAAUGUCAUCACUGUCUUAGAUAUUAUAAAGCAGACACUAAAAACUUUAAUUUUAAUUUUGAAAUUAACUGUAGGCAUUAAAUUUUAAAAAAAUGACAAUGUCGAUUAGAUUACGUGUGAAACAUCCUUAUAGAAAGACUACAAUGUUUUAGUAGAGGUGAAUUCCAUAGAAACUUUGUUAACUUUCAGAAAAAUAAUUUAAAUUUGCAUCCAGUAUAAAUGAAAAAUGCAAUUAAGUGUGCUUAAUUUAACUACAUAGUACAGGGUCUGGGUUUUGGGGUAUAAAGUUGGUAGACUGUAAAACCAUAGCUUUUAUAAAUUUACGCAUAGUAGUAAAAACAAAUAUUUGCAAUUAUAAGUGACGUAACAUGCAAAAGAUAUAUUUGAGUUAGCAUCUUUUUUGUUGAUUUUCUCUGUAAUCUGCUUUAUUUGAAAUAUACUUUUUCCAACUAAUUAUCUACAGUGUUUACUUUUCUAAGGAAAGGCUUUAAAAACUACUUAGAAAGCACAUGUAAAAAAAGAAAUAAAGAUAAAAUAAUGACACUGACUUAACUUAACCUAUGUCAAUUCAUUUACAGAACUGCAAAAACUUCACUUCAACAGUUAUAAUGAACUUAGAUAUAUAUAACUAACAGUGUUUUAAUGCUUGUCCAUCAUGUGACAUUGACCAUGACAAUGAAAAUUGUCUGGCUAUGUUUAUUAGAUAUAAACACAAUGACAUUCAAAACAUUUUCUUUUAAAUGUGCAGACAACAUGUUCAUAAUUAAAGAUGGCCACCAGGUCAUGUGUCCCACAAAACAAAGCUACUAAAAAUGACUCCAUACCAAGAUACUUGAGAUAAAUUUACAUGGCACCAAAUGUUAUGCAAUUUAUUUUUUGGAUUUUUGUAUCCACUUUUAAAUGAAAUUCACCUAGAGUUCUAUAGAAGUGUGAUAAAGUAAUACCAUGUUCUGUUUUGAAUUCAUCAAUUUGAAAUUUUAUUCAAUCAGCCUGGCAGCAACUGUUGUAGCCAGUAUGCUGGACGGGCAGCCAAUUGACCAGUGCAUCAAACAUGGCUUGCUGGCCGCAUACAUCUCGCUGCUCACACCCAGUGCUGUACCUGACAACAUCUCAAGAUCUGGCAUCUUAGAGCAAGAAAAGCUUCUCAUGAAAGUCUCAUGGUCUCCUGCUGAUGUUACCAAUGGGUUUACUAAGUGCUAAAACGAAAGGCUGAUUAAAUUGUUGGCAAAACAGUUUUAAGGUUAAGGACUGUUGUAAAAUUCAGUGAUUGACAUCCAUACUUAUAAAUGAUACAUUUCCUGUUUAACAGAUGAGAAAUACUUAUGAAAUGAAG